AGUAGCCCUAGACCACUCGGCGAAAUAAGAAAUGAUGAAUUACCUUUACAACCCACAUAGCAAUUGCAACAAGACACUGCAGGCGGCAUCCGCCUUGCGGCGCAGAUGCGACGGCGCUGAAGACAUGACGCUGGCCAAGCUCAUUGAAAUAUGCAAGGAAUCAGGGUUACCUACGUCGCCCCUUGCAGUGACACGAUUGGAGCUCAACUGUCAGCUGUUCACAUCUAUCGGCGAAUGCAUAGCGGAAUACAGGGACGUGCAGCAGCUGCAUCUUGACCGCAACCGCAUCAGCCGCAUCGAAAACUUGACAUCGCUAGUCCACCUGCGCUGCCUCUACCUGCAGGGCAACUCCAUCCGCGUGUUGGAGGGUCUGGAGGGGCUGCUGCAGCUGCAGCUGCUGAACCUCUCCUCCAACGCGCUCACACGGCUGGAGGGGCUGGCGGGCCUGCCCAGGCUGGAGGCGCUGCUGGUGGCGGACAACCAGCUGGCGGACGGGCCCAGCAUCCAGCACCUGACGCAGUGUACGGCGCUGUGCGAGCUGGACCUGGGUCACAACCGGCUGGCGGAUGCGGAGGCCGUUCUGCGGGUGCUGGCUGACAUACCUCAGCUGCAAACCCUCACGCUCGCACACAACCCGCUGGCGGCGACUACCUCCUCGGCACCCCGGGCUGCAGCGGCCGCGGGUGCGGGUGCCGCUGCUGCCGGCACCGCUGCUACUGCCACUGAGGCGGAUGCGGCCGCUGCCACUGCCGCUGCUGACGAGGUUGCAUCCGCUGCUGCUGCUACUGGUGCAGCUGCUGGUGCUGGGGACGUGACAGCAAUGGGCGCGCCAACAGUGGCGCCAGCAUUGUCGCAGGUCACAGCCCCGCCGCCGCUGGCGUUCUAUCGCCGCACGGUGGUGGCUCGCUGCCGGCAGCUGACCGCCCUGGACCACCGAGCCAUCUUCCCGCAGGAAAGGAGGUAUGCGGAAGCCUGGUGGGAAGACCUGCAGCGGCAGGAGCAGGAGCGAAGGCAGCUGCCGGAUACCAGCCACGCCGGGCUGCAUGGCUGUCAUGGGGACGGCCUUGAGAGCAGGCGCAUGACGGCCGCGACUACGUCCACCGUGCUUGGGGUUGCUGCUUGUGCUGGGGUUACGUCGACUGCAGCGCCCCUUGCGGCCGAGGCGGAUGCCAAGGCCCCGGAUGGCGCCAAGCUUCCAAUGGACGUCCUGUAUUCGGUGCUCAGCCGCCUGGAUGCUCGCUGCCUGGUGAUGGCUGCCCUGGCUUGCCGCUCCUGGUGCGCUGUGGCCGUCUUCCCGCUGGCCAGGAUGCGGCUGCAGCGGGCACAGGCAGCGCUGUGUGAUGCCGCUGCUGCCGUACCUCGUCUGGCGGGCGCCAUCACGGAUGUACGGCGUGACGAGCUGGACGAGCUGCUGGCAUCCGGCCUCCCCGCUCGGCCGCUGGUUCAGCUUUUCUUCGCAUUGGAGGUGCUGUGGCAGCAGCGCAGGCGGCGAGCGGUGCAGGACAGGCGAGGAGGGCAUGCGGAGGAUGCCAACGAGAGGGCGGCAGCGCAGGCGUGGCGUGACGCAGACGUAGACGCGGAGGGAGCACAGGAGCAACCGCUGCGGCGCUGGCAGCAGCAGCAGGACGAGCAGGGACAGGCAGCACCGGCAGGCGCGAAUGAGCUGUUUGCCUGCAAGGAGGAGGCGGCUGGUGCUGGGAUCCGUGCUGGCAGCGAGGGAUACUGCGAGGCGGAGGAAGCAUGUGCUGCAAGGGGAUCGGAGGGAGAGCAGUGUUUGCUUGGCCCUGGAUCGGACAUGGGAGGCGAGCGCGGCUCGGAUGCCCAGUCCGGAAGUGGUGGCAUGUGGUACGCUGGUGAUGAGGCGGACGACGACGGCGAUCGUGAUGAUGACAUGGUUUCGGAGCAGUCGGAUUUGGAUCUGGAUUUUGACAGUCAAACGUGGCGCACGGCCAGCUGGGAGGCUGCGCAAGAGCUGCUGCGGGCGCGCGACUUCCCGCUUCCCACGCUGCUGGAGGCGCUGCCGCUGGGGCCACGUGCGCUGGCUGCCCUGCGCUGCCGUACAGGCAGCGCCGACGACCUGGACUUCUACGUGCCGCAGCUGCGAGCCGAGGACGUGGUGCGGCACAACACCAGCGCGGGGAGGCUGGCGGAGUGGCUGCUGGGAGUGGAGGCGCACUGCCGGGCGGCACACGAGCUGGACGACGCACGAGCCUGGAGCUGGCCGGGGGACGUCAUGCAGCGCACCGCGGGGGCCGCCCAGCCGGCUGGCAGCGCCGGUGGCGGCAGCAGCGGCGCUACGCAACCCGCAGGAGGCGCAACGGAGAGCAGUGCAGCGGCCUGCGCGGUGGAGCUGGCAGCCGGGAAGGCCAGCUGUAGCGGCGGCCUGGGCGUGGCUGGCGAGAGGGGCGAGGGUGGAAGCGCUAGCCGCGAGCAUGGGGCUGUUAGAGAUGGUGUUCAAGAUGCUAGUGGUGGUUGUGUACGGCAGGGCAGGUGGCCAUCUGCAGGCAUGGCGGCAGCGGAGAUGCGGCGCGCAGUGGCGGCUGUCCUGGCGGCUCGGAGAGCGGAGGCGCUCGCUAGGGCGGCUGAGGCGGAGAGGCAGGCGGCUGCUGCGGCUGCAGCGGAAGCGGCAGCAGUGGCAGCUGUAGCAGCAGCGGCUGUGGGCACUGGCGGAGCGGGUAUACGCGGAGGCGAGGGUGGGUUGCAAGGGGCUUUGGAAGAGCCGGGCGUGGAAGAGGAAGGCGUUGGGGAAGCUUGAGGGCUGGGCGCAGUUGGGCCGCGUUUAUGGGGAUGGUGAUUGUGGCAUGCUUAGCAGCAUACCUGAUCCGCUAUUGUAUGUCCCUGGUUCUGAGAAACUAUCUUUGGAUUGCAAGUGUGUGCCGCAGUGGUGGAAGAAAGGUUCGGCGGACAACCUGCAUGCACGUCAGACGCAGGUUAGUUUAUUGUAACAGAAGGUACGCUUCUAUUUACUUGUGUGUUAACUUUUUGCAAGGCAAUGCAGUCCUUUCCAACACUAUUACUGAUGUAGGCGUUUACGCUAUGAAGCAUCCGGGACAGCAUAGGGCUGUUAGAUACAGCGCUACGCCUGUUGCAGGCCCUGUGCUGGAACCCCAACUUAGAGCAAUGAACACCAUCCGUGUCGCAAG